AUGAGCAUGCUAACACGGAGAAAUCUCGGCUCGUCCAGUGAGAUUGAGAUUAUAUGGCCAAAGUUCAGUAUUUCCAUCCAUAUGGGUCAAGCUGGUGUCUAGAUUGGCAACAUCUGCUGGGAGCUCUACUGUCUUGAGCAUGGCAUUCAACUAGAUGGACAGAUGCCCAGUGAUAAGACAAUUGGUGGAGGGAACAACUCCUUCAACACCUUUGUUGAGACAGGAGCCGGCAAACAUGUACCCUGGGCAGUGUUUGUACGGUCUGACACCCACUGUCCGCACUGGAACUUACGUCAGCUCUCUCACCCCGAGCAGCUAAUCACUGGAAAGGAGGAUACAGCUAACAACUACAUUCACCAUUACACCACUGGGAAGAUCACUGAUCUUGUUCUUGACAGGAUUCACAAACUGGUCACUGAUCAAUGGACUGGUCUUUAGGGCUUCUUGAUGUUACUCAGCUUUGGGGGAACUGGCUCUGGUUUCACUCCUUUACUGAUGGAACGUCUUUCUGUUGAUUAUGGAAAGAAGUCCAAGCUCGAGUUCCCCAUCUACCCAGCUCCACAGGUGUCCACUGCUGUGGUGGAGCCCUACAAUUCAAUUCUGACCAACCACACCACCCUAGGAUUGUGGUCUCAAGUUAGUGGAAAUGAGGGCUGGAUCACAGUGUUCUCUGCAGAUCCUCCAGCCAAGAACUGGCUCCAGCACUGGCACCAUUUCAGUGGAAAAGUAUUAAGUAAAGCAUUCUUGUAUGAAGCUCAGUCAUAA